AAAAAAAAGAAAAAAAAAAAAGAGAUAAUUCCCAUUCAAGAUCAAGACAGAAAAGCCAUCUUCCCUCAACUUAUGUACCACAAUUUUAAGCACAUAAACUCGUACAGAACAGACCAGAGAAGUAAACACAAUCACACAAAAAAACAGAGUUUUUCUGCGAAUGAACUCAAUGGCUAUGGCCACUCACUUGUACACCUCUUAUUCUCCAAUCACCACCAAGACCAUCUCCUCUAACAAUAACAGCGACAAGGUUCUUUCUCUUCCUUUACAGCCAAGGCAUGCUGUAUCGAUAGCCUCACCAUCUCUUUCUCUGGGAACAACGACCAGAUUUUCCAUAUCAGCAGCUGCAGGAACCACUGCUGUGCAAGUCGAUGGACCUACCACUUCUAAUAAAGGACCAAAGUCUUUGCCUUUUAGAGUGGGUCAUGGGUUCGAUCUCCACCGUUUAGAGCCUGGGUACCCUUUGAUCAUUGGUGGGAUUAAUAUCCCGCAUGAAAGAGGCUGCGAGGCUCACUCUGAUGGAGAUGUGUUAUUGCACUGUGUUGUGGAUGCAAUAUUGGGUGCAUUGGGCCUGCCUGACAUUGGGCAGAUAUUCCCAGAUUCUGAUCCCAAGUGGAAGGGAGCUCCAUCGUCUGUUUUCAUUAAAGAAGCUGUAAGACUCAUGCAUGAGGCUGGCUAUGAUAUUGGAAACUUGGAUGCCACCUUAAUUCUUCAAAGACCAAAACUGAGCCCCCACAAGGAGGCGAUCAGAGACAAUUUGUGUCAGCUGCUUGGAGCAGAUCCUUCUGUUAUAAAUCUGAAAGCAAAAACUCAUGAGAAGGUUGACAGCUUAGGUGAAAAUAGAAGUAUUGCAGCUCACACAGUGGUUCUUCUCAUGAAGAAGUAAAGGAUAUCUUUAAAAACUCAAAUAUUUGGAAUUUAACUGUUGUACUUCGUUAGCAUUGUUGCCACUGUUACAGAGAUUAACAAGUUGGUUCUUGUGACGAUCCAUUUUACACUAUAACAGUUUCUUAAAGUUGGUUUCUACCAUGCCUGAAAGAAUAAUAUCUUGUCCAUGAUAUGUUGUUAUAA